UUCCAGUCUGCAAUUGCAUAGCUGAGCUAAAAUGUUUGGCUGAGCCACAAAAGGGAGGUUUUAUAUAUAUACACCGGUCUGCCUACAAUCCAACCUUCACCUAUGGUUAGUAGGCCAGUGAUGAUGGAUGCCUUUCUCUGAUGGGAUCAGCUCAGAGUUAAAUGUGAAGCUGUGCUAAAAGUAACCGCGGUGAUGGGACUUUCCCACUGAGUGUGUCAGCAUUUGUAAUCAAGCAACACAUUUGAGGUGCACUGGUAUGAACUGUUCAUGAAGAUAUAUUUCAGGGGUUUGUGACCCUGCGCCAUACACAUAGGGGGAGCUAAAGUGUUUGCUAUCAAGAGGAAAAGAUUUUCCUUCAGACUUCCUCCUUUCCAUGACUUCCUCUAAAUGCAGAGAUUUCUCCUGGCUUAUCGGCUGGUUGCAGUCAGGACUCUUGGCUCAGCACAUAAAGAAGGGAAAACAGAUGGCGAGUGGACAGCUGUCGAGGGACGAAGCGCUGGAAUGCUCUCACAGCAGGCAUGCAUGCCACGUGAUGCUCUACUCUGAUACGGCAUCUCAGCUGUUUGGCAGGAUUCCCAUCAGGCACGUUGUACUGAUGCAGAUGCGCUUCGACGGUCUGCUGGGCUUCCCUGGCGGUUUGGUUGAGCCCUCGGAGGAGACCCUGGAGGAGGGGCUUACCAGGGAAUUGUUGGAGGAGCUGGGUGUAGCCGUGCCAGUUUCCAUAGAGGACCACGUGGCGUCUUCCUUUGCCCCUUCUCGUCCAGGCUCCUCCUCCCGCUUGAUGCUUCACUUUUACGUGAAGAAGAUGGAGGAAGAGGGGAUUCUAGAGGUCGAGAAAGCAGCCGUGUCCACCGCAGUCGAUCACGGUCUCGAGGUCAUGGGAAUGGUCCGAGUCCCUCUUUACACCACUAAAUCCGACGGAGGCCUCCCCUUCUUCCUGUCGCACUCGUUCAUAGGCAACGCUCGCUCCCAGCUGGUGGACUCUCUGCUGCGCCUCCACCUGGUGUCCCCUCAGGAGCUGCGGCAUGCUCUCAGGAGCUCCCAGAGGAAGCACUCGGAGGCAGCGCGGGACCUGCGCGCGGCUCUGGAGCUGACAGAGGCGCCGAGAAGAUGACUCGAAAACACGUCCCCACGUUCGCAUCCUGACAUGAACGCUUACCAGAACUUGCAAUUCUUCCCACGCAUGACUAAUAAUUGUUUUUUCUAUGCAUCAUUCUUUAAGCAAGGCCUCAUCACUUCCUUUUCAGUUAAUGGAAACAAAUUCCCUCUAUGGUUUUUUAAGCUUCUGUCUCUUCACUCCCUCAUCAGCAUAUGUUUGAUUUUUCUCCUAAAAUCUCAGCAGCAUUUACUGUAACGAAUAUUCAUAAAGGAUCAGGUUUUUAAUACAGUCGCUCAUGA